CCAAGCCCAACAAAUGAUUCAAAUAUGAUGGAAAGCUUUUUAAAAACCUCUUUUUAUUCAAAAGUUGGAAAAUCAAGGCCAUCUACUUAAGAGACAGCUUAAAAAGAAACUCUGCGAAUUAUAACCCUCCUUAAAAAAGUAAGUAUCUAAAAAAAUAAAAAUAUGAUUGAAGCCAAAAUUCUUGUAUUUUGUUAAAUUUAAAUAAGUCUGAUGAUGAUCUCAAAUAAACUAUCACAGUUUGGACUUUUAAUUUAAAUAGUCUUGAAAAAUAGAUAAAUCUUGCAAAAAUACAGGCUGAAAGUUUUAUUUAGGAAAUUUCAUUAUGGACAGAUCAUAUUAGCUUAUUAUAAGAAUUUUAAAAUGAGUAUCAACUUGAACAUGUUGGAAAGAUACUAUAAAUAUUAAUAUAGAAAUCUAUUCUAGAUGUAGGCUUAGAGAGGAAAAGAAAAAUAUUAUAAAAUAUCCUUUAUUGAUUAUUAAAUGAUUAUGAAUAUAAAGAAGCAAUAUUCAUUUGAUAUUCAGUCAUUAAACCCUGUUUGCCAAGGGUUGUUACAAGUUGAGAUGACAGAAUUCUGA